AAUUUGAAAUGACGAUAUUCUAUAGAGAAAAUUGAUUGUGAACGAACGAAUACGAAAAUUUGUAAAGAUUUUUUUUUUUGGUCAGUCGUUUUUUGGCUUUCGAACAUCGAAAUAUGAAUAAAAAAUUGAGUACACCAAUCGGUAAAAUGGUCGUUGGUAUUCGACGAUCAAUCAGUAGUCAUCAUGAUUGUAAUUGUGAUCAACAACAACAACAACAACAUUCGAUCUGUCAACAUAAUAAUAAUAAUUGUUGUCAACAAAAAUUAACCGUCGAUUUAAAUCAAUCAAAAGCAUGGCAUCCAAAAUAUUAUCGUCAACAACAACAACAAAAUCCAUUAUAUGAAACAAAAUUUAUUAAAAUUAUACGUGCUGAUCAUAUCGAUACUGAUACUAAAUUGGUAAUCAAAAUUAUUGAUUUAGAAUCAUCGGGUAAUAAUAAUGAUAAUUGUGAUCCAAAAUCAUCAUUGAUUGAUGUACAUAUUAAUGAAAUUAAUAUGAUGACCAAAUUACGACAUACAAAUGUGAUACAAAUGUUAACAUCAUUUGUCAAUGAAAACUAUCUAUGGCAAGUUAUGCCUUUGGCUGAAUAUGGAUCUGCUGAUCAAUGGUCUAGACCGAAUGGUUUACCCGAAUCUAUUAUUGCAUUAAUAAUCAAAGAUGUUUUGAAUGGUUUAAACUAUCUACAUCGUAAAGGUAUUAUACAUCGUGCUGUUUGUGGUUCACAUAUUUUAAUCAUGGCUAAUGGUUCAUGUGUUCUUACUGGUCUAAAAUAUUCUGCUAAUGUUAUACAAAUGGGUCGUUGGCAACCAAAAAUUCAUCAAUAUCCACGACAUAUAACUGCCAAAUUAUUGAAUUUUCUUGCACCGGAAAUUCUAGAACAAAAUCUACUUGGUUAUAAUUCAAAAUCCGAUAUCUAUAGUUUAGGAAUUGUAUGCUGUGAAUUGGCAAAUGGUUGUAUACCAUUCGAAGAUAUUGUCCUUACUGAAAUGUUAUUGGAUAAAUUGACUGGAAAUUUUCCUCGACCAUUAGAUUCAACUUGUGAUGAAAUUCGUAAUUUUCCCACCAACGAUCCAGACAUUUCGAACGAAGUACAAGAAAAAUAUAAUUUAUACAAGAAUCGUACAUUUUCAUCACAUUUUCAUAUGUUUACCAUUGAUCAUUGUCUAAAUUUUGAUAGUAGUUCAAGGUAA